AUGUCGUCGCAACUCGCCGGAAAGGACGCCGAUGCGUCGGUCGCACCCAAGCUUCACUCUAUCCGCAUCACCCUCUCCUCCAAGAGCGUAGUGCCCCUCGAGAAGGGUGAGUAAGGAGAUGUUCGGGCGUGCUUUAUGCUCGGGAUUUUUCCUGCCCUCAGGAUAACAGGCAUUGGGAAGGAAUCGCAAGGAGGCAGCGAGGCGCUUCGAUAUUAGGUUGCGGAGGGUAUCAGCCUUUGCGCGUCGGCAGCGUGGAGGAGCUGUGGAGAUGCGACUGGAUCUAAGUCGCCGCACUCAGAGGGUCAGCAUAGCGUCCUGCUCAACAAUGACGCCAACUGAUGCCACUCUUUCUUCGUCUAUGGCGCAGUCUGCAACGAUCUCGUCACUCGUGCCAAGGACAAGCAGCUGCGCGUCAAGGGCCCUGUGCGCCUGCCCACCAAGGUCCUGACUCACACCACGCGCAAGUCGCCAUGUGGUGAAGGAUCCAAGACGUGGGACAGGUUCGAGCUGCGCAUCCACAAGCGUCUCAUCGACCUUCACUCUCCCUCCGAGAUUGUCAAGCAGAUCGUGAGUCGUCUCAUUGCGGCUGGAAGAUUCGAGGCGCACCCAUCCUCCUCCCCCAAUCCCCAGUCCAGUCGUCCUGCGCUGACACACGGCCCUUGAACGCUUUACCACGCAGACUUCGAUCUCUCUUGAGCCUGGAGUUGAGGUUGAGGUCACUGUUGCUGCCUAA